GAUUGCCUUAUUGGGAUCCCGAAUGAUUGAUUUCUGAUCGUUCUAUUUGAAUUUCAAUUUCUGAUAAAUUAGAAUUAUGUUGUUGUUCUUGUUGGGACGACUGAUUCGGCUACGAUAAUUCAGUUGUUGUUUUGCUGUAAAAAAACUCCUAAGAGAUUUUUGGUGUUGCUUUAACAAAGCUAUUUUGUCUAGACUUGUGUAGAUUUUUGCUCACAAACCAAUUAAACUUAACAUUUAGCGGUCUUACUAGCAGUGUCAGUGUCUGAGUAGACUAGUUCUCGGAAAACAUGGCAUUGGCAUUGGCUCUCCGCUUUCGCUCUGUGGUCGGAAAGUUGGGGGCGUGCACUGGUGCUCCUGCUGCCACUAGUACUAGUGCUAGGCCAUCUCCAGCGUCGGCAAUACUCAACAACUUGUCCCACUACAACAUUAAUCAACUCCAGCAGCUGGACGACCUGUUUUCACGUCCGUCUACUUAUAUUCCUAAGACUAAGAAACAGAAAAAACAAUACCACGAAAUAAGUGACUGGCGCUCAUCAUCAUGUCCCAUUGUUGACAGAGGUAGAUCGCAUACUAAGCGCCGUCUUAAAACUCCGCCUGCUCUUUUCGCUGUGAAAGAGUUCAACAAGCAAAAGGGUGCCCGACUGCAAUUUGCAAGGGGGAUAAGGGAAAGUGUGCAGUUUCUUGCCGGCUGUCUCAACCAUUUUAUAACAUUGGAGGCCGUUGAUGCUGGCACGCCCAAGGUUUAUCAAGCAAUCGUUGCGGAGGCAGGCACAAUGGAGCUUAGAUUCUUUGGUCUUCUUCUUGCUGAUGGGAGGUUUUUAAAACUAAUUGAUAACAGACAUACAAUCCCAAUGAACCCACGUACAAGAACUCCAAUUGAUACCAGAGUAGGUACACCUGGGCAAAAGUUCCGCUAAAGACAAGCAGAUGCUUGUUGGAGGAUGAAAUGUUGAACACCUUGCGCGCGUUGCCUCUCCAAAAGUAUUAAGUUCCGGAAUUUGUUAUUUUGUUGCCAUCGUAUUUAUUCUUUUCUUGAAAACAAUAAAAGUCAAAACUUGUUUGGAUUUAA